GGGAGAACCUAGGUGACCUGUGCAUUUUUAAAAAAAUCCCAGAAGGGAAGCCUCUAUUGGCCAUGGCCACCAGCGACUCUCACCCAGAGUGCCGCCCAGCCUCAACUCUCCACGGUCAGCCCCUCUCCAAGAGCUCCUCCAGCCUACUGGGUGAUAGACCAGGCAAUGGGCAGGAGCUCCGGAAGAGUGUCAGUAGCACAGUCUGCCAGAGUCCUGCUGGGGAGGGUGAUCCAAGCCAGCUGGCUGGAGAGAGCAGUGUUGGGGCCACAGUGGAAAGAGAAGUGGAGAAUACAUUGAGAGCAGGGAGCCACGUCUUGAGCCCAGACCAAGCCCCCUGCCCCUGGCAAGGGAAGAGCUCAGUCUUCCGCUCCAAGAGCAGCACUGUUGGAAAUGUGUACUCCAUGGGAGAGAGUGAAUUGUCACCUUCAAGCUUGGGGGUACCAGGGGUCGCAGUGCAACGAAGCCACUCUGACUUAGCCUCAGGCUGCAGGCAUCUCAGCCUCAAUGUUCCCAUGGAAGCUAGUGUUAGCUGUUCUGCCCUGGGCUCCUCAUCAGAUGGAAGAAACAACCUCAUUCCAAGGAAUGUGUUCAUGCAGAGGCCUGGCCUAGGGCCUCAUGACAAUGCGGACCCAGGCAACCAGCCUCCUUUCCCUGACCCUCAAGGUUCAAUUGACAAUGUAGGAGGUGAUCUGGUCCCACAGGAUGCUAGGAUUGGUGGAGAUUCAGUAGUUACCUUACCUGCCACUGUGGUAGAGGUCCAGAUCCCUGGAGACAGCUGUGGGAGUGACUCAAUUCAAGAUCCAGGUGGAAGGACCCAAGGUAGCAUUCCUCCAUGCUCUGGGCCCAUGGUUCCUGGGCACAUACAUAUCACCUCUUCUCCCUACUGUGCUAGACAAGCAGAAACUUCUGUGAGGACAAGUGAUACCCAGUCUGCCUACUGCCACCCCCUGCCUAUCCCAGCUCUCCAGGUUGGCCCUGGGAUGCUGUGCCCCAUGAAUGAAAUGGGUGUCCCUGGUUGCUGCCAUGUCCUAUCCACAUCAGAGAUUCUGACGUUUCCCAAGCUGGUAUCAUCUGUGAGUGAAUCUGGCCUCCAUAACCAGCACUUGGUUAGAUACCGCAGACUGGCGGAUGAGGCCCCGGUUUGCAUUCAUUGUUAUGCUCCAAACCAGUGCCCACAGCAGGAAUCUACAGCAGGUCCUACACUCCUAGUAAGCCAACUAGCUACAGACCCUAUCACCAAGACCAAAGAUGUGUCAACCAUGACCUCCACUGGUGACUUGGCAUUGGGGCCAUUGGCCUCUCUGCAUUGUAAGGAUGCUGAGGUACAAACAGCUCCAUCGACAGCCUGCAAGGCUGUGGCCACGAGUCCCUCCCCGCUCAAAGACCAGGUGCCCCCUCAUGUGUUCCCAGAGGUGAACUUGGAGGUCAGCAGAGAGGAGCCUAAGUCCCCAGUGAGAGAGGUCAGGUGGGAUGAAGAGGGAAUGACCUGGGAGGUAUAUGGAGCUUCGGUUGAUCCAGAGGUUCUGGGCCUGGCCAUCCAGAAACAUCUGGAGAUUCAGAUUGAGCAGUUCCAGACGGUUCCCUCAAAAGAGGGCACCCAGUCUGGUGGUGAGGAGGCCCUGACUAAGGAGGGGAAAAGAAGGCCCUUUCGAACCAUGAUCCAGUCCCUGAGACGUCCUAGCUGCUGUGUCCAUUCGAGUACUGCAGUGGAAUAAUGAAGAUGCCCUUUCGUUUCUACCCUGGGACUUUCUGGGAAAGGCUGGUUCCCUCUACUAUAGAAGAUGCAUUAUUCAGGAAAAAAAAAUCAUUGCAAAGCCCUCUGGGAUUGGGAUGCCAGCUGUAUGGAUAAGAAAUGUUUGAAGCAGUCACUUAAUUAGCAACACUCCCAGUAGACCCAAGUGGGAGGAAAUGGAAAAGAGGUGGAAAUUGUCAGUUGACUGCCAUUGAAAAAUCUCUGCCUGUUGACUCAUCACCCAUCUCUGCCUUCCUGUGCUGGAGCAAGACUCCAGCUCAUCUAUUAAGGUGCCAUAAGCACUGAGGAGUGUUUCUGGGUUUUUAAAGGGAGGAAUCUAUUUACUGCAUCUCUUCUUACU